AUGACUUCUUAUUUAACAAGUCGGUCGAGCAUACUCUUAUAUCAAAAUUUGCUUCAUACUGUACAGGAAGAAAAGUGGGGGAAAGUUGCUUCUGCCUUUAAUGUAUCUAAGGAAAUGUCUUUUGCCUGUUGUUUUAGUUUGCAAGCCCAGUGGGAGGAUGUAAAGUUAUUCUGGAAUAAGGUUGGGUUUGAAAAAAUUGAAAAAAGCACACAGUUUUUGGAGAAGGAGGUUGACCUAGUUGAGGCAGAGCAACAGGUUCAGGCAACCAAAAAUGCCUCACAUCAGAUGAAUGUAAUUCAGAAUAUAUUUAUUGACAAGAGUCUUAAGAAGUGUGGUCAUGACUUGCAAACUGAUGAGGAAACUCUUAUAUGUUUAGAGCUUAUUAACCUUUAUGAAUUCCUUUAUGAAUUCCUUUGCUAUGACAAGUCAACAUUCAUUGAGGAUAUAGAUGAGAAAGAUGAUAAUAAUGACGUCAUAGCAAUUGAUGAUGUUGGAGACCUAUGCUUUGAGGAUAGAUAUCUGAAAAACGAGUAUAAGAUAGAAGAUAUUAAUAUGUCACAGUUAUUUCGACAGUAUCAAAAUACGUUAAUAAAGAUAGCAAAAAAUGAAAGUCUAUUCAUUGAAUCAAACGUACACGAAAUCUUGUCACUUUCUUCAAUCUUUUUGCUUGCUCCAGGUUCUCAUUCAAAUAUGAUGAUUGAUAUAUUUGGAUUUCCUUUACUCAAUGAAAUGCACCAACAAAUUGCUCCAACACGACAAAUAGAACUAAAUUCAGAGUGCGAGGCAAAAUUUAGAAAAGUGAUUAAGCAGGCGACUAAAGAAUCACAUUACAAAGCCAUAAAUUUGCUUCUAGCAGAACUUUCAAACAAUCGAAUUUUGGAUGAAAACUUGGGAUCUGUAGUCUUGAAAGGCCUGGAAAUUUUACCCAGUAAUAAGAUUAAAAAUGGAUUCACUUUUAAUGAAAACAAGUCAAGGAAGUUCAAGGGACGAGCUAAGCAACCAGAUUUUGUGAUCUCGAUUGUUCAUCAAUUUCAAAUGGUUGCAUCUAUUUCCGUAGGUGAGGUUAGUUCUCCCUCACAAAAAAAUAAUGUUUAUAAAAAUUGCUGUGAUUUGAUUCAUCUUGGCAUCUUCAUGAAAGACUCCAUAGAUUGCACAAUUGAUAAAGAUGCUGAUCUUAAUAUAAUUAACCAUACACUUGACUUUUAUAUAAUUGAUUUUAUCAAUGGUAUUUAUUUAUUUUACGUUGGCCAAGUUCUAGUUCCGUCAUCAAUGAAAGAAAUGCUAAUCUUUGUUGAUCAAAUAGAAAUGCUUUUGAACGUACAAGAGAUUUUUAAAAAAUCUUUUGAUACUUUAUAUGAUAAGAUUUGUAACCCGAGUAUACUAUCAGCAAAGGCAAUGUAUAAACGUGAUACUCUUAGCACACCUAAAUUCAAUUGGAUUCCUUGGUGGCUUUGGUAG